AUGACUGUCCUGUCCGCGAUAAGCCUCCCUCAGGCCCGGUCACCGGCUCCAAAGCCCAGGCCCAGCGCCCAGGCGAAGGCGGUCCAGUAUCUGCCCCUCCUCUCAGUUGCCCUCCCAGCUGCUCUGGAGAGGGCGCCGGCGUGGGCGACCGAGCCCCGGCUGCACGCGGCCUCUGGGCCGGCCGCGCGGCUGCUCAGGCCCGAGCUGCAGGUGUGUGUGUUCUGCCGGAACAACAAGGAGGCGGUGGCGCUCUACAGCACGCACAUCCUCAAGGGCCCGGACGGCCGCGUGCUGUGCCCCGUGCUGCGCCGCUACACUUGUCCCCUGUGCGGCGCCAGCGGCGACAACGCGCACACCAUCAAGUACUGCCCGCUCUCCAAAGUGCCGCUGCCCGCCGCGCGCCCGCCCCCUCGCGGCGCCCGGGACGGCCCGCCCGGCAAGAAGCUGCGCUGA